GACAGACCGCACAUCAUGUAUCAAAAUUAUCAGAUGUAAUUACUCUUUCUUGACCAGAAGGCAUGAAAGGCAAGCCAAGAAACUGCACCAAUCAAUUUGUCAGAUCGAACAGGCUGAGAAGACAUGAAACUGGAGUAGAGGCUGGCUGAUGCAGGGGUCUUCACGCUUUAGAGUCCCUUCGUGAUGCUUGGCCCGCCUGCCGCCUCCAGGCUCCUUAAUGUCAUAGGAAGAGACAAGCCACACUGAAGAAGCCUAUAAAUAGUUAGGCCACCGAACCAACACUAGGCCACUGUCUGUGUGUCCUGUGGACAGCCGCUCCUGUGUGUCGUGUGUAGUCUACUUGUGAUUUUGUGUGUGAGCCGGAGACAUCAACCAAGAGGGGAAGCAAGAGAGAGAGAGAGGAAAGCAAGAGAGAGAGGAAAAUGAGAGCAAGGUAGAGAGAGAUAGGGGGAGAGAGAUAGGCAUAAUGUAUAUUGGAUUGAGCUAGAGGAAAAUAAACUGCAUGGUCUGAGGUCCGUUGUUACGUUGUGAAGGGUUGUGAUUACUCAUUGGACACUUUUUUACAUUUAUUUUGAUGGCUUUGAAUAUCCAGGAAGUCUCAUUGCUAUCCACAUACUUCUGUUACGAGGGACUUGUUUAUUUACAUGGAGCCCAGAGGAUUGUGACGGGUAGCCUGGAGAGAAACGGUCCCAGUGACCAUCACAGACCAUGAGCGGCGGUGUGAACAUCAAAACCAUGUCCCAGUCCCAACCAGGCUCAAGUCUGGUUUCGGGUAUUCCCCUACCCCGGAGCAUGACCCCACACUCCAAACUGGAUCCCAAACACCACGGAGUUAUCGGUCUCCAAAACCACACUGCUCAGUUUCAAAGUGUCAGAACACGACUCCCCUUGAGUUCAUACUCCUCCUCUUCCUCCACCUCCUUUUCAAAUGAGAUGCUGAGAGGCAUGGCCUUAAAGAGCCACCUGCUGCAGCACAGGGGCGGUACCUCUUCCCCUGGCCCCCAGCCCAGAGCAUCCCGUGCCCCAGAGAGAGGCACAGGCAGCCGUUCAGCCUAUAGCAGCCCACAGGUCUCCAAGAGGCAGGCUCUUGCCCCACGCUCCAAGGACACCCUUGACAUCUGCAACAACAGUUCGUCAUCCCACAAGUCUUUGCGAGAACUUAACACCCAGAGAAACGGCAACCAGAACUGUGCCUCAGUAGGUGUCCGUCAAAGUCUGGACGACAACGGAGAUGCGCAGGACGCCUUGCGGGUUCUCUCCAGCAGCAAUGUCCAUUCUGGCCAGAUCAAAGGCAGACUGUCGUGUAGUAAAGCAGGGAAUGGGAACCUGAUCACGGCUCUGUUGCCCUCUACCCAGACCCGCCAACAGCGGAAGGAACCCAGGAACCUGUCCAGCAUCGGAACGGGUUGGUCUGAGAGAGAGACGCCCACCAACAAACCCAGAGCAUCCCAUCUGGGCCGUGGUGGUGGCAGUGCCAGUCGGACAGUCAAUGUGCCACAGCAAGAGAGUGAGCCACCCCAAGUCAACAUGGCCACGGUGGCACCAUUCAGAUUCAGAUUACCUGUCCUGGAUGACGAUGCCUCUUCUCUGGAGGACCUGAGUGACUGCUCCUCUGACUCCAUGGAGGUGUGCUGUGAAGACCUGGGAGGCAUGCUCAGAAGUAGCGUGAAAGGAGGCCGAGAAGGAGAUUUAAAGAUGGAACGGGCGGAGAGCACCAAAACGUACGGUCAAGCCGAGGGUAAAGCUGUCGGCGUGGCAGCAAAGAGGGGCAAGUCUGGGGUGCCCCAGAGUGCCCUUCCAUCACACCAGCGAGGGGAACUGAGGGUGUACCGUGCAGGCAGCUCCGAGGGACGUCUGCCGGUGUCCUCCAACCUCCGCAAACAGAGGUCCCUGACCAACCUGGCCGUGCUCACCGAUGCAGAGAAGAAGAUGCACCUCUACGAGCCCAAGUGGAGCGAUGACAUGGCCAAGCCCGGAGCAGGGCACCUGAAGACAGGCAAGCCCAAGAUGACAGGGGGAGGUGUGAGCGGAGGAGGGGGCGUGCCACUUUCGCGCAAUCUGUCCAAGUCGGAGCACUCUCUCUUCCAGGGCAAACCCAAACCUUUCAGCCCCCUCGCCGCACCUUCGGGCUUGGUCCGACCCGGUCAGAGCCGUAUCCCUCGGGGUCCUUACGCUGAGGUCAAGCCCCUGAGUAAGGCCCCCGAGGAUGGCAAAUCGGAUGAUGAGAUCCUCUCCAGCAAGGCCAAGACCGCCAGCAAGAAGCAGGUGGCAGGAGCUUCUGGGGAGGCCGGGGCCAAGGGCCAGGGGGAAGGGAGCCAGUCGUUCCUCAAGGUAGACCCAGAGCUGGUAGUGACUGUCCUGGGCGACCUGGAGCAGCUUCUCUUCAGCCAGAUGUUGGACCCAGAGUCACAGAGAAAACGCACAGUGCAGAAUGUCCUUGACCUAAGACAGAACCUGGAAGAUACCAUGUCUAGUCUACGGGGAGCUCAGCUCAGUCAUGGCUGUCUGGAGAGCAGUAACAUUUGCUACGACAGCGAUGAGACCAACGCCCGAAGCAUGUCCAGUCUUUCCAACCGCUCCUCACCCUUGUCCUGGCGCCACGGCCAGUCCAGCCCCCGUCUCCAGGCUGGAGAUGCCCCCUCAUCCACGGGCAGUAGCAGCUACCAGGGUGGCAAGGCCGGCUCCCAGUACACGGCCCACACCAUGCCUGCCCGAGUCUCCAGCCGGCUCAGCCACUCCUCCCGAAUCGAGCUCAUCGAAGGGCUGGACAUGGAUGAUGCCGAUCUCAAAUCUGGUUACCUGAGCGACAGCGAUCUGCUGGGAAAGAGCAUGCCUGAGGAUGAUGAUGACAAUCUGGCCAAUGGUUGGGAUGAGAGCAGUUCCAUCAGCAGUGGGCUCAGCGAUGGCUCUGUAGACAACCUGAGCUCGGAGGAGUUCAACGCCAGCUCCUCCCUCAACUCCCUGCCCACCACACCGCUCGGCUCAAGACGCAACUCCUCUGUCAUGCUUCGCACUGAUGCGGAGAAGCGCUCCCUGGUGGAGAGUGGUCUGUCCUGGUAUAGUGAGGACGCAAAGACAUCCCGCAAGAUGGAUGGGGGAAGCUACGAGACAGGCAGCCUCAAGACAGAGACCCCCAGCAAAUGGAGGAAGUCCUCCCGGCCCAUGGAAGGCCCCAGUGAGGACAUGGGAUUGAAGGGAGAGCUGAGGAAGCCCCAGAGCCUGGGUCAGCCAGGAAACUUCAAGAAGGGACGCAACCCUCCUGUGGGCGUGACCUCACCCAUCACCCACACCUCUCAGAGUGUCCUGAAAGUGGCAGCACCAAAGAGUGACCACAAGGCGGUGGACAGAACAAAGAUGUCUUUGAAGGCUUCCGGUCUACAGCGCUCGCGCUCCGAUGCCGGCAGAGAACACCUGCCGGAACACAGAGAACACCGCAAGCCCCCAUCGGGCCUAGUCAAGCCGUCUGCCGGGGCCUCGUUCGGCUACAAGAAGCCCCCAACCACGGGCACCGCCACCGUCAUGACUGCAGGGGGCAGCACCAUCUCCAGUGGCUCUGCCACCGUGGGCAAGAUGCCCAAGUCCUCCGGCAUCCCUGUGAAGCCCAUCGGAGUUGGGGGAGGAGGUGGGGGGAGAUGCAUCCGUAAGAACAGCUUUGACGCCACGAGUAGCGAGGAGGGGGGCUUCUUAGGGCCAAAUGCCCGGAACAGCCUCCAGUACCGCAGCCUGCCACGUCCCGCCAAGUCCAGCACCCUCAGCCUGAUUGGCCGCCCCGGGUCGGCCCGGUCAGCCAACAGCAACAGCAAUAUGGACCACCAGAGCCUGCUCAACCUGAAGCCCAUAGCCAGGGGUAAAGAGACCUGCAGCGGAAGCGCUAAGGGUACAAAUCGCGGAAGCACUGGCCCCGUCAACCAGACAGACCGGGAGAAGGAGAAAGAACGAGCGAAAGCCAAGGCUGUGGCGUCAGAUAUGGAAUCGUUGUGUGGCUCCUUGAAGCUGGAAGAAUGCCAGGGUGAUUCUGUCGGGGACGCCAGCUCCAAACUACAGGGGCUACGGCGGGCCAGUAGCAGCAAAUACCCCGAGCUCUCAUCACCCACCACUCAGAGGAUGCUGAGCUGCAAGUCUCUGGGUCGUCCUCACAACCUGGCCCACCUGGACAAGGUCAACUCCAACAGCCUGGACUCGUGCGUAACCAUCCAGGACCUCCCUCCCAAAGUGCCCCCUUACUCCAAGCUCCAGGACCUGGCCGGGUCACGCAGCACGCCCCCCCGGGGGGGACUCACCCCCAGCCCGGCCCCGGUCCUGCAUCUGGACUCCCCAAGCUGCUACCCCAGCCCGACCCCACUGUCCCUGGGGGGCUCGCCGCUACUCUACCCCAAACUGUCUGGCCUGCACCGUAGCAUGGAGUCGCUGCCCCUCACCAUGAGCGUUCCUCCCGCUGGGGGGUAUGUCCGGUCAGAAUCCCAGGACAGGGAGGAGACAAGGGGCACAGGGACGUGGGGCGCAGGGAGCAGGACCUCCCUUAAUCUCCCAGACAGUUUGCAAACGGACAGGAACACCUUACCCAAGAAGGGAUUAGGUUAUGUCAAUCGCUACAGCUCCGGUCCGUUGGAGAGUCAGUCGGAGGGAAAGGAAAGGCGUCACUCCCACACAGCUGUGAGCCUGACAGACAGUGAGAGCCCCCCACAGCUGCCCUCCCCCAACCACAUGCCCCACCUAUCCUCUGGCAAGGCUGUCCUCACCAAUGUGGUUGCCCCCAUCCCGAGCGGUAUCUGUGCCCCCAGGAUAACCCGCUCCAACAGCAUCCCCACCAAUGAGGCAGCCUGCGACCUGUAUGGCUCCUCUCCGCUGGGCAGCAGCAUGUCACUGGCCGACCGGCCCAAGAGCAUGAUGCGCUCCGGAUCCUUCCGCGAGCCCGGGGAUGACUGUGAGACAGCUAGCACAUUCCAUGGCUCUGUCCUGUCCUUGGCAUCCAACGCUUCUUCCAACUAUUCCUCGACUGAGGAAAGGAUACAAGGAGAGCAAAUCCGCAAGCUGAGACGCGAGCUGGAGAACUCCCAGGAGAAAGUAGCCAACCUCACCACCCAGCUGUCUGCCAACCUAGGCCAGGCUAACUUGGUAGCCGCGUUCGAGCAGAGUCUUCAGCUGAUGACGUCCCGUCUGCAGAGCUUGUCGGUCAGCCAGGAGCAGAAGGAUUCCGAGUUGACUGAUCUGAAGGAGACCAUAGAGAUCCUGAAGACAAAAAACACAGAGGCCCAGGAUAUCAUCCAUGUGGCUCUCAGCAACCCCGACACAACCCCUAAAGAGCUGCAGAUGAAAAGGCAGAACUCGUCCGAGAGCAUUUCCAGCCUGAACAGCGUUACCAGCCACUCCAGCAUGGGCAGUCUGAAAGAGCAAGAGGCCAAGAAGAAGAAAAAGAAGAGCUGGGUUUUUGAGCUGAGGAGUUCCUUCAACAAGGCGUUCAGCAAGAAGGGUUCCAAGCUCUCUGCGUUGUACGCUGACAUUGAGGAGAUAGCCACCCCGGACUCCUCUGCCCCCUCCUCCCCCAAGAUCACCAUCCACCACGACGAAGGAGACGGGGAUGGGGAUCAGUACGAUCCUCCUUCCUCGAUGAGGUCCUCUGUCUCAGCCACCUCUUCAGGGUUGUGCGAAGGAGGCGAGGAGCCGCCGGAGGACGAAAAGGUGGUGUCGACGCUGCGCUCUGCCUUGUGGGAGAAGGAGAGGAAGCUGACUGACAUUCGCCUGGAAGCCCUAAGCUCCGCCCACCAGCUGGAACAACUGCAAGAGGCCAUGACCAACAUGCAGAUGACAGUGGAGAACCUGAAAGCUGAGAAUGACCAGCUGAAGACCGGUGGCCCGUCCACUUCCACCUCCCAGUCGUCCGGACUGGCAUCGCUGGGCAGCGCGUCGCCACGCCAGUCAAUUGCCAUGUCUCUGACCAAGACCUUCAGCAUGAGUCUGGGAGAAGGCAGCCCCCCUGACGUAUUCCAGACAGACGUGGCCACUGUCACCUCUCAGAGGGACGACACGCGUGUCCGGGUGAUGGUUUGCGUGACCAACCCGCGUGUCUUCAAAGAUGAGGUAAAACAGCAAGACUUCUUCAUCGGCACUGUGAGGGUUAACGGCAGAAUGGACUGGCCCAUGCUGGACUCUGCCGUCAGCCAGGCUUUCAAGGUGUACGUGGCCAAGGUGGACCCCACCUCCAGCCUGGGCCUCUCCCCGGACUCUAUCUACAGCUACACCAUUAGCCACAUAAAGAGGGUUCUGGGGGAGGAGCUGCCAGAGAGUCAACCAUCACGCUGCGUCUCCAAGGGACCCAGUGGUAUCACCGUCACACUCAAAGGUCUUAAGGAGAAGUGUGUGGACAGCCUGGUAUUUGAGACCCUCAUCCCCAAGCCCAUGACUCAGCACUACAUCAGUCUGCUGCUCAAACACAGACGCCUCAUCAUGUCCGGUCCCAGUGGCACUGGCAAGACCUACCUCACCUCCCGCCUGGCGGAGUACCUGGUGGACCGCAGCGGUCGAGAAGUCGCAGACGGCCUCGUGGUCAACUUCAACAUGCACCGCCAGUCGUGCAAGGACCUCCAGCUCUUCCUGUCCAACAUAGCCAAUCAGAUUGAUCGGGAAACCAGUACAGCUGAAAUCCCAUUGGUGGUCAUACUGGAUGACAUCCACGAUGCAGCCUCCAUCAGCGAGCUGGUCAAUGGGGCCCUAACCUGCAAGUACCACAAAUGUCCUUACAUCAUUGGAACCACCAACCAGCCUGUAAAGAUGACUCCAAACCAUGGUCUGCACCUCAGCUUCAGGAUGGUGACCUUCUCCAAUAACGUUGAGCCGGCCAAUGGCUUCCUUGUGCGCUACCUGCACAGGAAGUUGAUGGAGGCGGAGGCAGAGGACGAGAAGAGCCUGGCCAAUGAAGACCUCCUCAGGGUGCUGGACUGGGUGCCCAAGCUGUGGUAUCACCUGCACACCUUCUUGGAGAAACACAGCACCUCCGACUUCCUCAUCGGUCCGUGUUUCUUCCUGUCCUGUCCUGUGACCGUGGAGGAGUUCCGCUCCUGGUUCAUCGACCUGUGGAACCUCUCCAUCAUCCCCUACCUGCAGGAAGGAGCCAAGGAUGGGAUCAAGAUGCGUGGUCAGAAGGCGGUAUGGGAGGACCCGGUGGAGUGGGUGAGGGGCACCCUGCCCUGGCCGUCAGCUCAACAGGACCAGGCCAAACUGUUCCACCUGCCUCCCCCCAGCAUGGCCUCCGGGGGAGGCCCUGUCCAGCCCAGCGAGGCUUCAGCCAGGCCCCUCAAUAAGGAGACCCCUCCCAGCUCCAUGGACACCCUGGACCCUCUGAUGGCCAUGUUGUUGAAGUUGCAAGAGGCGGCAAACUACAUUGAAUCUCCAGACAGAGAAAUGAUGGAUCCCAGCCUCGCUACACUCUGAACAUCAACUUCAACUGUAGACUCCAAACCUAGCACUUCAAACAGCUUCGCAUUCUUUCCCCUAUGUGAGCUCUAGCAGACAGUGUAGAAUAUUCAGGAACAAAAAACUCUCCAAUAUAGUUUUCUGCUCAUUUUACACAUUUAAUCUUAGCAAAAAAACAACAAUCAUAUUCCAUUUGGUUGAAUGAAAAGCCAUUUUGUUUUUGUUCUGUUGUUUUGUAACUGUAUUUUUACCAUAGUAAGUCACAUUCCAACAAAUUGUAUUUUAGCAGGAUAAAGCAUCUAGAUUUCUUUAUUCUUCCGAUUUUUUUUUAACUAGUUGUUGUAUUCAUAAUACACAUUAUGGAGUCAAACUCUUUAUCAAAUUAUUUUCUCUAUCAGUGCUGCCCUCUAUAGAAACAGGUGCUAAUUAUCUCCAAAAAAAGUAUUACUCUUCAAUUAAUUUCUCAUUGGUCUAAGCAGGUGAUUGUUUCAACAGCACAUUUGAAUGACAAAAAAAAGCACAUUCUUGCUUAUCCACUUUUGUUUGACAGCAGCAUCACGGCCGGCGGUGUGCCUGUCAAAAGCCAGUGUGAAAACCCUGUUUUGGCUUAUUUGAAAGAGUAUGACAGCAUGUUGUAUGGCUUAUCAGGUUGUAUAGUUAGCGUCCCGGUCUUGAAUACAUAUCGAUAUAUCAAUCUUUGAAGGUCAAGACAUAUGCAAAUCUACAUAACCAGGUGAACUUGUUUGACUCUGUGCUAAACCAACUAAACUGAAUGCCUUAAUACAUUGUAUUCCUUAUAAUCACCUCAAGAUGAUAGUGGUGCUUUGCGUUCAUGACCAUUGCCUUAGAGCAGAGUAGUGCCCGCAUAUUUACUUUUUUCUCUCUCUCCCUCAUUGAGUUCAGGGUUCAUUUAAAGGUUAUUUAAUUAUAUUUGAAGGAUAACAAUAGGUAGCAGAUGGGCUAGUUGAUGGCGAUCAGGGUUUCAUGGUCAGGUGAAAGAAGGGAAUUGAACAGAGCAACAAAAAAGCCACAGUUAUGGUUAUUAGUGUUCAUUAUCAUUUACUGCAACUACAACUUUACAAAAUUACAAAUGCUGUUAUACUCUAUUCAGGAAAAAAAAGAAGGAAACUCACUAAUGUCAGCUUUUGUGCUACUAGUUCAUCGUUUUGUUGCUGGCAGCAUACCGUUUUUUAUUUAUUUGACUGAACUGAAAUACAGACUGAUUUUAAAUGCAACUACCUGUUCGAAGAAAUAAGGCCAUGUCAGUACUACUUUCAUAUGAAUCAGGUAUUCCUAAGAAAGUUAUUUUUUAUGAAUAACGCUUGAGCAACUACUAUUUGCUUAGAUAAUUCUGAACUUUUACUUUAAAGAUGAUAAGGUAUCAUCUAUUCCACCAUAUUAUUCAGUAUAAAGAAGCUACUGUUCUUAAUGCUUUAUGUAGAUAUUUCCAAUAUCAAUUCCAGUUAUCUACACUAGUUGCAUGGUGCAAAUAUCUAAUAUGCUGAACCAAAUACUUCACUGUAAUAUUGCAUAUUGACUGUCCAGUUUGGGGUACCUGUAGACCUUUUACUUGUUGUGGGAGCCAUAGAACAUCACAGAUUGGGUAGGUUUCGAAUGUCGCUGUCUCACAACACUGCCGUCUCAUUCCUGGCUGAAACAUUUAUUUAGGCCCACACCGAGACGGGUGAGUGAACAUUGGGAUUUCGAGUUCUCUGUUGCACCCUGUACACCACUUUCAUCAGGCACAGCUAUUUACGCUUACAUCUGUUGUAGCUACCAGUGGUGCUCUCCCCUAGUUGACUGACGGCAAAGUGCUUUGCUCUCAUUUGGUUUAGAUAAAGGACCGCUCAGACAACACACACAGCCGGAAACAGAAAGGCCAUGUAUUUCUUUUUUGACCAUUUCCCACUUUAGUCAUUAACGUAGACCGAUAAGCAAAUGAAAACAAGGUAUUAGUCAGUGGCAAUGUACAUUUGUUGUAUAGUGUGGUAAGAUGGAUAAAAAAAAAACAGAGUGAAAUUGCAAAGUACAGUAGUUCCAGUAGUGAGAUGCACCUGGGCAUACUGCCGGAUGGUGAAACAAUGUAGGAGAAUAUGUCUGUGUUUUGGUCCCUUCACACGAAUGACGUAUACUCCCUUUACCAUGACUCCCUUGUGUAUAGACUGUACAUGAAUGUCUGAUCACUUUCUUUGUAAAGUAAAAAAAAAAGGAAAAAGAAACUAAAAUUAAGACAUUGUACAUUCCUUUUAUUCUCCCUCCAAACUCCAUCUGAUGACUCGAAGCAAAUGGCUUUUGCUGCUCUGUGUGGUCACAUUUUUACAAAUUGAAUGAAGUCCUUGUUUAAUAAUACAUGGGAAAAGAUGCCCUUUUGGCCAAUGUAUUUCGCAAUGAAACCAUAACACUCAUCUGAACCCUGUGUCCCUUUAACCGCUAGUCUCAAUAAACAAAUGACUAAACAAUCCUGUAGGUCAGGGGGUUCUCCAAUCUCUCCUCAGGGCCCUGCAGCCGUUUCAUGUUGACACGUCCUGGGGGACAGGUUUGAGAUGAGGAUUGAGAACUGCUGCUGUAGGCUACCCGUUUGCCAGUGUACAAACUCAGCAUUGCAUAGCUUUUCAGAAGAGUAUAAACCCCUAUUCUCUGUAAGCGACUAAACAAUUGCCAUCUUGCUUGUUCUUCAUCUCACUCACUGGUCAUUGUGCCUGUUGCUCUGUAGUGGCUGUGCUGUGUGUUUGCUAACUAUCUUGUGUAUCAAGACUAUGCAGCAACUUCUACUGGUGUUGGCAGUCAGGACAAAGUAACAGCCUACCAAUAGUUCUUAAAGCGGACAAACCCAGUAUACUUCUGAUUUGCAUUGUCCUAGUCAUGCUGUUCUUAAUUUGGACCAAAUCGGGAUAAGUUACUGUGAAAGAUUACUGAGAAAAUGUGUAUUCCGGGAAGGGCUUACUCUGCCUUCAUACAUUGAGACAGUGUAUGUGUCCUUUUGAUCAUGAGAUGCUUUGUGUUAUGAGUGGACUAUCUGAAGGCUGUUAGAAUGUGUGAAAACUCUUGAUCCUGCUAGACACUACUAGACUGUGAAUUGGACUAUAGCUAAAUGGGCUACUAAACUAUUUUGGUGCACAGGAGACCCGGGUUUUAGCUCAGGUAGGUCACAUUAGGAAUAUGAGAGUAUAGGUAAAAGAUUAGGCUUUAAUUGCAGUUGGGAACAAUUGAACUAUCCCAGAACAUAGUUUAUAGUUCAAUAUAAACAUAGAACAUCUAAGAUAAAUCAAGGUUUUCUUUAUAAUCAGGGUCCUCAAGAAAAUGAAUUGGAAAAUAAGUUGUUCAAAAUAUUUACUUGAUAUGGGCCAAUACAGGUUGCUGAAUAGUCAAUUAUUUUUGCAAAGCUUGUUGACUCAAAAUAAAACUAUAAAAACUGUAAUAAUGGUAUCUAAUGUCACUGACGUGCAAAUGUGAUGGAUUUCUAAAUGUUGCAUGUCCAAUUAGUGUGUAAACAGAACAUGUAAUAGCAUUAACUUAAUGUUAGGGGUUCAUUCUACUUAGACAGUGCUUUUCCUUUUUAAUACGCUGAUAUUUGAUAUUUUUUUUCUAAGGAAUCCUUUGUAAAAUCUCAUCAAUCUCUUUUGUACAGAACAUCGCAAUUGUAAACAUUGUAAAUAGUUCAACAUACUGUACGCGACAACAAUCAUUAAGGAAUCAAAAGCAGUCUGCAGGGUUACUAACUGUCACUCCGGAGUUAAACCCCAGUCACUGGGAGGUAGGGAUGCUUCUGAAACGCCAUUAUCACCCACCUAUCACUGUUCGUUGAAAUCAAUAAAAUCAUGUCAUAUGA